AUUUUCAGAUAUUUAAUUACUUGCUAUAAUAUUUUUAUCUUAUAUAUAGUUUUUACUUGUCAUAAAACAUUUUUAACUUUUGGAUUUAAAUCAAGAUGACUGAUAAGAGAAGAAACCUUAUUUUGUGAGUUAUCUGUCUCUUUCAUUCUCAAUCUCUCUCAAUAAUUGAAGGUUAAAUGAAAAUUUAAAAACAAAAUCAAAGGCUCCUUUGAUAUUAUUGGUAGAUCAUUAUCUUCUAAUCAAGUUCAUAAUAAUCUCACAUAGUAUUUGCAUGAUUUGAGGAUUUAAUUAGAUUUUUGUUUCUGCAAAAGUACAUGAUCUAGAGAUAUCAUAAAAUUCUGGAAUUUUGUGACCUAUCCACGAUCUUAUCUCUUACUUGGAAUUCGAGACCCAUAAUUGUGUACAGAUUUUGAUCUUCCAGUUUGGAACAAUUUAUGGCUUUUAAAACGUAAAAAUGAUCUCCAUAUUAGAUUAUGAUGAUAGUAUGUUUUUUUGUCUCUUCUGAUAAAUACGGUUUGAAUGUGAAUUAUAAUCUGUGUAGGCGAAUCAGAAUUUGUAGGGGUUAUAAGACAUAUAUGUGUUUUAGUGAUUUUUUUUUGUCACAAUCAUUUAUCUGGUUUUCCUGAAACAUAUAUCGUAUUCAGUGAAGAGCCUAAUAUGAUAUUUUAUCUGAUGCCUUGUAAUCGAAUUUGUGGUCUGUCUCUCACUCAAAAAUUAUGACUUCCAGUUUGAGACAUCUUUUUAAUAUAAUGAUAAUUCAUGCAUGUUUUAAUUUUGUUGAUCUAACUAUUUAUAGGUCCAACAAAGAUGUCAACAACAACAACAAUAGGCCUGAGAGAGAAAACAUUUUCAGUUUUGACCUUCCAUCAUGCCUCUUGGGAUUAAUAAUGUCACUGCUUAUGUUAAAAGAUAAAAUUCGUGCAUCUACCGUCUGCAAGAAAUGGCUUGAAGCCGCUAAAUCUGUUAGGGUUGUUCAUAAGCAUCAAUGGUUUGUCUCCAUUCCUACAUUUGGAAACUCUAUUAAUCUUUUCGAUCCAUUGGAGAGGAAGAAGUACACACUGAAUCUGCCUGAGAAAGGUGUAACUGAUGUUGCUUACUCAAAAGACGGAUGGUUGCUUAUGCGCAGAUCAUCCUUUGUGGAAUUCUUCUUCUUCAACCCCUACUCUCGGGAGCUCAUAAGCUUGCCAGACAAUGAAUUGCCAUAUAAGGCAAUUGCUUUCUCUUCUGCUCCUACAUCCGAAACUUGUACUUUGGUCACAUUAAACCGAAUUUCAGAAUAUAUUGUGGCCAUCAGCACUUGCUAUCCUGGAGCAACUGAGUGGAUAACCAAAAAGUUUCAUUGCUAUCUUGCUUUUGGCCCCAAUGUCCAUAGCAACCUUCUUUGUGUUAAUGAUCGCUUCUACUGCUUCACCUCAGGAGGUGUUUUAUUUGAAUUUGAUCCAGCUUCUCGCACAUUGAGUCAUCAAGCAUGGGAUGAUGUUAGAUUCCCAGAAAUUCAUAACAAUGAGUGGUCGUAUCUGCCAAAGGAACUUUACUUGAUGGAGCAGAAAGGAGAGCUAAUUCUCAUGUAUACAUAUGGAGCUGAGAAACCAGUGGUGUAUAAGUUGGUCUCUUCAAAAUGGGAAGAGAUGAGUAGUACACUAGACGGCUUGACAAUCUUUGCAAGUAUGUAUUCCUCGGAGACCAGAAUGGAUGUUUUAGGGAUGAAGAACAGCGUGUACUUCCCAAAGUAUGGCUUACGUAACAACAUGCAAUGUGUAUCCUACUCAUAUAAUGAUGCCAGGUACUAUCCGGGUCUGCCGGAACGACGAUUACUAUGCCCUGUUGAUAGUCUUUGGAUCGACCCACCACCAUUUCUAAAGUAACUUGAGUGCGCUUUGAGGGUUUGUUUUAUAUUUUAAUAUAUGCAUCAAUCGUCGCAUCU